AUGUUGUGCAAGGCCGCUGUAUUGUCAGCCGUGGGCCUGCUGUCAGUCUUGUUCUACAAGUAUGUGUUGGAGCCGCUGCGCCUGCAGCGAAAGGCUUCACUGCCGCCAGGCCCACCCGGACACUGGCUCUUCGGAAAUGCGCUCCCGGGACCCUAUGCUUACCGUCAAUAUGCCAACCUGAUUAGCGAGUAUGGACCUGUGAUUUCGCUGCGAUACGGACGGCGCAUCGUCUGCAUUGUGGGUAGAUACCAGGCAGCUGUUGAUAUUCUUGUGAAGCAUUCAGCGGAGACCAUGGACCGACCGCGCGCUGUGGCUGCGCAUGAGAUAAUGUCAGGUGGUUUACGAGUUGUGCUAACGGGUGAGGGCGACCGAAUCAAAAGGCUGCGCAGGGCAUUACAUGCAUUUUUGCAGCCAAAGGUCGCGGAGACUUACAAGGAAAUGCAGGCCAAGAAUGCGAGGACCUACGUCCUCGAUUGUUACCACACACCGGGGGAACAUAUGGAGCAUGCGAAGAAAUACGCAGCCAGUGUAGUGAUCAGUAUGACGUACGGCAAGACUACGCCUACGUCCUACUCGGAUCCCGAGGUCCAGAUUGUGAACCGUUGCCUACGCCGCCUCGGGGCUGCCCUUCGACCGGGCGCACACCUCGUUGAUACAUACCCGUUCCUGCAAUAUAUCCCAGGAUACACCUCUCAGCUACGCAAGUAUCACCAGGAAGAGCUGAGCUUUUUCCGGAGCCAAAUCGCCAAUGUGAAGUCUCAAUUGGCGCGCGGAGAAGCCGAAUCGUGCUUCGCCGCUCAUUUACUGAGGGAACAACAGAAUCUGCAGCUCUCUGGCGACGAAGUCGCUUACCUUGCUGGCGCGAUGUUCGGCGCAGGUUCAGACACCACUGCGUCUUCGCUGGCUAUCGUCUCUAUGGCUGCGGCGCUCUUUCCAGAGGCUCAAGCUAAGGUACAGGCUCAGUUGGACCAAGUCAUUGGUCGCGAAAGAGCUCCUACUUUCGAUGAUGAGGCCGACUUGCCGGAAGUGACUGCGUUCUUCCUAGAAGCCUCGAGGUGGCGCCCCGUUGCCUCCGGAGGUUUCGCUCAUCGAGCGACGAAGGACAUCGUGUGGAAAGACUAUGUCAUUCCGGUGGGCGCUGAGAUAGUCGGGAACCAUCUAGCAAUCGCGCGGGACCCUGAGGUGUAUCCUGACCCUGAGACAUUCAACCCCCAACGCUGGCUGGAUGCCAAUCGCCGUCUCCGAGAGGACCUGAAGUUCUUCACCUUUGGGUUCGGACGCAGAAUCUGCGUCGGACAGCACGUGGCGGACAACUCGCUCUUCAUCAAUACAGCUCUCACAUUGUGGGCGUUCAACGUUAGCCAGAACCCUUCGGCCCCAAUCGACCCGGACGCCUUCACCGAUGAAGCGCUCAUAUUUCCCCAGCCAUUCAGCGUCAGCUUCACGCCCAGAAUUGAUGGUUUGUUAGAAGUCCUGAAGGAAGGAAGCGAUUGA